CGCCAGCACCGAUUGUCGCCAUCGCCGUCGCCUUGUCGCACCUGUCCUCGUCGCCGUCCUUACACGAAUCUAUCAGCAUGGCCACCGUCCUUGCGGUGGGAGUGGGCGUUGCCGCCGCCGCAUUUUUCGGUCGCGCAGGCCUCGUAGCAUUACGGCGAGCACGCGGUGGCUCGAGUGCACUUGGGAAAGCUUUUUAUAAAGGAGGGUUCGAAAAGCAGAUGAAUCGGAGAGAGGCGGCAUUAAUUCUUGGAACCUCUGAACGGGGUGUGAAUAAAGAAUUGAUCAGGAAACGGCAUCGAUCGUUGAUGCUUCUUAACCACCCCGAUCGAGGAGGCAGUCCAUACCUGGCAACGAAGAUAAACGAGGCCAAAGAGUUCCUGGAGAAGGGGGCAAAUUGAUUCGAAUAAUCCGGAGUCCUUGCGAGGACGCAUGAAUUUUGAGGAAGCUCGACAUGGACAUGGUGAUAGCAGUACCACCAGCUCGACAACGGACCUCGUUUCGAAACCACGAAAGGCCGCCGGACGCGACUCGAGAGCAGGCACGGCACUUCUCGAAUAGCGGCAGCUAAGACGUUCGACCGCAAAGAUGCCGACACGGCCACGGCGCUUCGACAUGUCUUCAAUAACGUUGCGCAAUGGCGUGAGCUGGAUCUGUCCUGAGUAUAGGACCACACAUCACCACUCUGAAAGAAUGACAGUAUCGCUGCAUCGGCACGAUUUAGGGGGAAAGAAGGCAGAGGACUGUAAGAUAAAAGUCGGGAUUGGUGGCAAGGGCAAGAGCAUAACGACGACGAUGUGGCCAUGCCGAAGAGAACAGGAAUAAAAGAUCAUCUUCCACUUCGGAAAACACGCCUUGGUUGCAGACCUCAUAGAUCGCCUGUUAGAAGAUACUCAGUACUUCAUGCUGGCUGAUCAAUCCAUCUAUGCACUCCAUCUGUCCGCGAUCACCUACGACGUCUGACGAGAGAGCUCUCCUAUUCUUGUACCUCAAGCAAAUGGCCUAUGAGUUGCGCUUUUCCAUGCGCCACUUGAUGAAGUAGCUGACAUCGAUGGCGACUGCGUUGGCUGCAAGGGUUCAGCAAUGCUAUUCGGUCGAUCUCAGGUCUGUGCUUGACUCAC